AGAAAAAUAACAGCACCCACACGCCAUCAUGCUGCUCUGCUUACUGUAUCCUUAAUCCAGCAGCGGAACAACCGAGUUCACACCGAGCCCAAACCCGGACACAGAGCUCACUCACUGCAGGGGCUUGGUAUGCUUUUACAGUGGUCCAGGGAUGCCCAAGGAGAAAUAUGAGCCGCCGGAUCCCCGGCGGAUGUACACGAUAAUGACCAGCGAAGAGGCAGCAAGUGGGAAAAAAUCUCACUGGGCUGAGCUUGAGAUAAGUGGUAAAGUGCGGAGUCUAAGCUCGGCCCUGUGGUCGCUCACUCACCUCACCGCUUUGCACCUCAGUGACAACUCUCUGUCACGUAUCCCCCCCGACAUUGCCAAGCUACACAACCUCGUGUACCUGGACCUGUCGUCCAAUAAGAUCAGGAGCCUGCCAGCUGAGCUCGGCAACAUGGUGUCUCUCAGGGAACUGCUUUUAAAUAACAACCAGUUGCGGGUUCUACCUUUCGAAUUGGGGAAACUGUUUCAGUUACAAACACUGGGGUUAAAAGGAAAUCCACUUGCACAGGACCUCAUGAGCCUCUACCAGGAACCAGAUGGCACCCGCCGACUGCUGAACUACCUUUUGGACAAUCUUGCUGGUGCUAUUAAACGCAUCCCAACUGAGCAACCGCCGUCCAGGUCAUGGAUUGUACUGCAGGAGCCGGAGAGAGCCAGGCCUGCAGCCGUGUUCUCAGUAAUGUGCUACAACGUACUGUGCGAUAAGUACGCAACACGCCAGCUGUACGGCUACUGCCCUCCCUGGGCUCUCAACUGGGAGUACAGGAAGAAGGCCAUCAUGCAGGAAAUCCUCAGCUGCAAUGCUGACAUCAUCAGCCUACAGGAAGUGGAGACGGAACAGUAUUAUAACUACUUCCUGGUGGAGCUGAAAGCGCAGGGAUACGAUGGAUUCUUCAGUCCAAAGUCCCGAGCCAGAACCAUGUCCGAGUCAGACAGGAAACACGUGGACGGAUGUGCAAUAUUCUACAAGACCGAAAAGUUCAGCGUGGUGCAGAAGCACACGGUGGAGUUUAACCAGCUGGCCAUGGCUAACUCGGAGGGCUCGGAGGCCAUGUUGAAUCGUGUAAUGACCAAGGACAACAUCGGAGUGGCUGUGCUGCUGGAGCUACGCAGGGAAAUGAUGGAGAUGACUCUGGGCAAAUCUCUCCUUGCCCUGGAGAAACAGCUCCUCCUGGUGGCCAACGCCCACAUGCACUGGGACCCUGAGUACUCUGACGUGAAGCUGGUCCAGACCAUGAUGUUCCUCUCUGAGGUGAAGAACAUCGUGGACAAAGCCACACGCAGCCUCAAGCUCUCGUCCGUGUCUGGAGAAACCAACGCCAUCCCUCUGGUGCUGUGUGCUGAUCUCAACUCGCUGCCUGACUCUGGUGUGGUGGAAUUCCUGAGCACAGGCGGGGUGGACUGCACGCACAAAGACUUUAAAGAGCUGCGCUACAGCGACAGUCUGACCAACUUCAACUGCAACGGCAAGAACAGCUCGUCCAACGGCAGGAUCACGCAUGGCUUCAAGCUCAAGAGUGCCUACGAGAACGGGCUCAUGCCUUACACCAACUACACCUUCGACUUCAAGGGUGUGAUCGAUUACAUCUUCUGCUCUGAGCCUCAGCUGAAUGUUUUGGGUGUCCUGGGACCUCUGGACCACGACUGGCUCCUGGAGAACAACAUCAGCGGCUGCCCGCACCCCCACAUCCCGUCGGAUCACUUCUCCCUGUUUGCACAGCUGGAGCUGCUCCUGCCCCAGCAUCCCCCCAUCAACGGUGUGCACCUGCCCGCACGCAGGUAGUCAGACCCCGCCCUGAGACGCCACCAUGGGGGGGCGGUGCUGCACACUCCCACCUCUGACACGUUCUUCUGGCAACUUACUGAAAACGACUGAACCUCUAAACUACGCCAUUCUCUCUGUGCUUCUUUUUUAUUUUAUUUUUUUUAAGUGGUUUUUUUUUUUGUUUUUUUUUUUUUUUAAAUUUCAUGAAUGUCUUUCUUUUUCUUUUUUUUUUUUUUUUUUCCUUGUUUACUCGAUGGAGCCAAAUUUGCUUCUGAACGCUAAAAGAGGCUCGGUUUCCUCUUUCUCAGUCUCUUGUUAAGCUUUCUUUUCUAGUUGUUUUAUAGGCGUAUGCAUGGAUUUCUGUUCGAUCACUACUUUUCCACAGUGCUUCGGUAUUGUUGUUCUCAUAAAAAAAAAAAAGGCGUAAGUAGUUUGUAGGCAUGUGGUCUUGUAUCAGGAUGCAGUAUCUGUAGUUUAGCUCACACACGUCAGGUUUGUGAUCAGCGCGCGUGUCACACGCACUCAAAGGAAGUCUGGGCUGAAGGAAACGGAGGUCAUAAUGCCAAUGGCAGUCAGAUGUUUAAUAAUCUAAAGCCAGCAAUGAUUCCUGAAUCCUCACCCAAGUGCAUUAAACCUCCUCGUUCCUUUCUAAGCCCUGAACGGAUUCAAAAAAACUCGAAUAUCUGACAAGCAAUAGCUCACAUCCGGUUAUGCUUUUUGUAUAUACACAUGUGCUCAGAUUUUAGCUUUGGUUCUUAUAUGUGUCUUUUUAGAGAAGCUUUGGAAAGUGUACGUGUUGCUUAUAUGGGUGCCAGUCUUUUUUAACGUCCUGUGGGACGCUGGGAGUGGCUCGAGCUCUCAUGUGUUCACUCCUAAACGGUGCAAUAUUCUCAACAGCGUAAUCCUUUUAAAGCUAAAGCCGUGGCAAAUGUUUUUAUACGAGCUUAAAUAUGAAAAAUCCUCCAGUGCACUUAUUCCGAAAGGGUUUCUAACAUAGCGAUUGAUUGGCUUAAUUAAAUUCUGUUCGACACAAACAAUUUGAAUGCAUUGGCUUGAUCACUGGUUGCCCAUUAACUUUAUUUUUACUGAAUUUUUUAUUUUAUUUCUUUUGUUUUUGUGACUGAGCUAUGCACCUGGAAAUGUUUAGCUUCUAGAAAACAUUGGAUGUGAGGUCACUGUGGAUGCUCCCACAUGGUGGAGGAGAGAGGCAUGUGGGUGCGGGGAGAAGAUUUCAGCGGGUCUGUAUUCAACCAGCAUCCGUUCACUGUGUUUUGUGGAAAAGUGGAGAACAUUCCGUAUUUUUCCCACAAACCGCUCGUAACUUCUCAAGGUGUGUAGCACUGUCUUUUGCGGCCAGUAGUUUUCCGCCCAGUCAUUAAUCAUCCUCGUGGGCUUUUUUUUUCCCCCAAGUAUUUUACAAAUAUAUAUAUAUAUAUAUAUAUAUAUAUAU